CAACACACUAUUUUUCAGUCCCCAUGAUUCCAUCUUUACUUAAACUGUUUUUGUAACUACUGUAUUUUUUAACAUCAACAUUCUUGAUCUCAAUAAUCUACUGUUCAGUAACAAGAAUAUGGCCUUGGUGACAACUGCUGAAGUUUGUGAUGCAAAUCCUCAACUUCUUGUGAGCGGUGAACUUCGUGCACUGCAACCAGUUUUCCAAAUAUAUGGCAGGCGACAAGUAUUCUCAGGUCCAGUAGUCACCCUCAAAGUUUUUGAAGACAAUGUUUUGGUCAGGGAAUUUCUAGAGGAAAAAGGUAACGGGCGUGUCCUGGUGGUUGAUGGAGGUGGAAGCUUGCGAUGCGCCAUAUUGGGUGGCAAUCCUGUAGUACAAGCUCAGAACAACGGGUGGGCAGGCAUUGUGGUCAACGGGUGUGUAAGAGAUGUUGAUGAAAUCAAUAGUUGUGACAUUGGGGUUCGGGCACUUGCUUCUCACCCGGUGAAGGCUAAUAAGAAAGGAAUUGGGGAGAAAUACGUUCCUGUUUCAUUUGCUGGGACUAGAAUCCUGGAUGGGGAGUUCCUAUAUGCCGAUACAGAUGGGAUUUUAAUCUCUAAAACAGAGUUAUCUGUUUGAGAAAAAUCAUCACUUUUAGCUAAAGGUGUAAUAAUUGUUAUCUGGUGUAUUUCUUCCACAGGAUCACAUGCCUAUAUUUAUGUAGCAAAGUUAUUGACUUUUGAGAAUACUUAUAAAGUUAUAAGAGUGUUGAUAUGUUGCCCGUCUUAAA